GAAGACGACGCCGUUGACGUAACCUAACAACCAAUCACAUGGCAGAAACGAAGAUGGCGGAAUCGGAGCUGUGCGUCAGGAGCAGUCGAGAGUUAUGGACCAUAUUACUGGGAAGAUCUGCGUUACGAGAGCCGGCUCAGAUCGAGGCAGAACUUGACAGACACUGGGAGAGGCUACAUCAAGGACUCAGCUACUACAAGCCACCGAGCUCAGCCUCUGCUACGAAGGUGAAGGAAAACAAAGAUGUUGCCCCACCAUUGAAGGAGUUUGGUCUCAGGAUCAGUAAACUAUUGGGUCUUGACGAGCAACAGAGUGUGCAGAUUUUACAGUGUUACUUACAGGAGGACUACAGAGGAACCCGAAAUUCAUUAAAGGUUGUUCUCCAGGAUGAGAGACAAAGCCAAGCACUGCUGCUGAAGAUAGUGGACUAUUACUAUGAGGAGCGCAUGUGUCUACUCAGAUGUGUCCUUCUCCUGUUGACAUAUUUUCAAGAUGAGCGACACCCCUACAGGGCUGAGUACUCAAACUGUGUUAACAAACUGGAGAAGGACUUGGUGAGCAACUACCAGUCACAGUUUGAGAAUCUCUUCAAAGCAGAAGCACCAACAUGGGAAACCCAUGGAAACCUCAUGACGGAGCGGCAGGUAUCGCGAUGGUUCCUUCAGUGUCUGAGGGAACAGUCCCUGCUGCUGGAGAUCAUCUUCCUGUAUUACGCUUACUUUGAGAUGAGUCCUGCUGACUUGCUGAUCUUCACCAAGAUGUUCAAGGAGCAGGGGUUUGGUCUGCGGCAGACCAACAGACACCUGGUGGACAAGAGCAUGGAUGCGCUGGUUGAUCGCAUCGGAUACUUGAGCUCUCUUAUUCUGGUAGAAGGAAUGGACAUAGACUUCCUGCAGAAGUGUGCCCUGGAGGACUGUACAGAGCAGCAUCAGUUCUACAACGCCUCCGACAUCAGCAAGGAGAUGGAUCAGCUGCUGGUGACGUUUGGUGAUAUCCCUCACCACGGGCCGGUGCUGCUGGCCUGGGUCCUGCUGAGACACACGUUGAGACCAGACGAAACCAGCCCAGUCAUCAGGAGGAUAGGCGGCACCUCCCUGCAGCUGGGGGUGUUCAAGUACAUCUCAACCAUGCUGAAAGGCCUUGGUAGUUCAGGGAAUAAUUGCACAGCAAGCACAGCAAAGAUGUGUAUCUAUGGCCUUCUUUCCUUUGUGAUUACUUCAUUUGAAGAGGAAAGCCUACAGGCGGAUGGUGUGGCAACAAAUUGCUCCCACCUGAUUGAUGCUGCCUGUGAGGUCCUCUCCGCUCCCAGUCUGGCUGAACUUUUUUGGGAAAUGAAGCCCAACAUGGGGUUAGGUAUGAUCCUGGACAGUGCUGUUGGGAUGUUCCCUCAUAAGAUUGGACCACUUUUACAACUUCUGACUGCACUUCUGUCAAACAAGUCGACUGUUAAAAAGGUGUACACCUUUCUGGAUAAGAUGUCCUUCUACACACAAGUGUACAAACAUAAGCCCAAUGAUAUCAUCUCCAAGGACGACGAGACACUCUGGAAGAGACAGACGCCAAAACUUCUCUAUCCUCUUGGCCUGGGGCAGACUAACCUGUGGAUGCCUCAAGGAGUGCUCGGCCAGGUGGUGAUAGCUGGUGAUCAGGGCUAUGUGGUACGCUGGGAUUACUCCUACAGCUCCUGGACUCUCUUCACAUGUGAAAUUGAGAUGCUGCUUCAUGUCGUCUCAACCGCAGACGUCAUAGCCCACUGUGUGCGUGUGAAGCCCAUCCUGGACCUCGUGCAUAAGAUCAUAAGCACAGACUGGACAGUGUCAGAUUGUCUGUUACCUCUCACUUCACGCAUCUACAUGCUGCUGCAGAGGUUAACAUCAGUCAUCAACCCGCCAGUGGAUGUGAUCGCCUCCUGUGUGAACUGUCUUAUUGUGCUGGCUGCCAGGAUGCCUGGGAAGGUGUGGUCUAGCCUGCACCACACAGGCUUCCUCCCAUUUGCCUCCAGCCCUCUGACUAACAUGGCUCAGUCUGUGAGUGCUGAGGGCAUGAAGGCAGGUAACUAUGGAAACCUGCUGGUCCAGAUUGAGCAGCCCAGGGGCGAGUAUGCUGUGACCAUUGCUUUCCUCCGCCUCAUCACAACCCUGGUCAAGGGCCAGCUUGGCAGCACCCAGAAUAAAGGCUUGAUCCCCUGUGUGCUGCUGGUGUUGAAAGAGAUGUUGCCCACAUACCAUAAGUGGCGCUACAACACCUACGGAGUAAGGGAAAGGAUAGGUUGUCUUAUUUUGGAGCUGGUCCAUGCCAUUCUCAAUCUCAGCCCAGAGGGAGAGGAUCAGGGAAGCACACCCACCCUGCAGUCUCUGUGUAUCUACAGCUUGGCCAACACUGAGGCUGGCCAGGCAGUGGUUAAUAUCAUGGGAGUAGGAGUGGACACCAUCGACAUGGUCCUGGCUGCGCAGCCCAGCGGUGGUGGCUCUGAAGGCCCGGGUCAGAUUCUGAUCCAGACAGUGAAACUGGCUUUCUCUGUCACAAAUAAUGUCAUCCGUCUGAAGCCACCUUCCGACGUUGUAUCCCCUCUGGAGCAGGCCCUGACGCAGCACGGUGGCCAUGGCAACAAUCUUAUAGCCGUGCUGGCCAAAUAUAUUUACCACAAACAUGACCCAGCACUGCCACGCCUGGCCGUCCAGUUGCUCAAGAGACUUGCAACAGUGGCUCCCAUGUCAGUCUACGCCUGCCUUGGCAAUGACGCAGCAGCCAUUCGAGACGCAUUCCUGACUCGGCUGCAGAGUAAGACAGAAGACAUGAGGAUCAAGGUUAUGAUCCUUGAGUUUCUUACGGUUGCUGUUGAAACCCAGCCUGGCCUUAUUGAGCUCUUCCUCAACCUGGAGGCAAAAGACAGCAGCGAGGGGUCAAAGGAGUUUCUGCUGGGCGAGUGGAGCUGUCUGCAGGUGGUGUUGGACCUAAUUGACUCCAAACAACAGGGGAAAUACUGGUGUCCUCCCCUGUUGCACAGAGCGGCUCUUGCCUUCCUUCUUGCCCUGUGGCAGGAUCGCAGGGACAGUGCCAUCUCUGUUUUAAGGACUAAAGAGAGGUUUUGGGAAAAUUUGACGACCCCUCUUUUUGGGACACUGACUCCCCCUUCAGACACCACAGAGCCUUGUGUACUGGAGACCUGUGCUUUUGUCAUGAAGAUCAUUGGCCUAGAGAUCUACUACGUCGUCAGUGGUUCCUUGGAACAAUCUCUAAAGGAUGCACUGCAGAAGUUCUCCACUGGGCGGCGCUAUGAGUACUGGUCCCAAUAUGUGAAGUCCCUGGUGUGCCGAGUGGCAGAGACCGAGGAGGAAGGCAUCUGCUCCUUCUCCGAAACUCAGAUGCUCAUCUCAGCCUGGCGGAUGCUCCUGAUUCUUUCCACUAAUUAUUCUGAUGUAAUGCAGCUCACAGAGGAUUCAGUCAAGCUGAAGCUCUUUAUGGAUGUCCUGGAUGGGGCCAAAGCUGCUUUGAUAGUGCCCAUGUCUGUACCAUGUCUACGUCUCGGAUCCAUGAUGGCCACUCUGCUACUCAUCCUUCUUAAACAGUGGAAAAGCGUUUUGGCCACAGCCCCUGACAUCCUGUCCCCCCUCUCCCUGAUCCUGGAGAGUGUCCUGCAGGCUGACCAGCAGCUGGACAGGACUAAGGCCAAGAUUUUCUCUGCGCUCAUAUCUGUUCUGCAGAUACAAGGACUCAAUGGUGGGGAGAUCUCCCAGCUUCCCCAGUUACUGCUGUCUGUGUGUGAGACGGUGAAAGACGAGGCCCUGGCCCUGAUUGACAGUACUCGCCACAUGAGCCAGAUGGGAGACGUGCUGGAAGACGAUGAGAGCAUGGAGACGGAUACUCCCCGCAGCCUUCAGAAGGAUCAGAGAGAUGGGGUCUGUGUGCUGGCACUGCACCUGGCCAAGGAGCUGUGCCGAGCUGAUGAGGAUGGCGAGCACUGGGUUCUGGUGAUGAGGAAGGUGCCGGUCCUGCCCUCCGUUCUCAGCGCCGUAGAGCUCAGUCUGCGCUUGAAACAUAACCUCUUCUUCACUGAAGCUGCACUACACCUGCUGCUCACGCUGGCCCGCACUCCUCAGGGGGCAGCAGCUGUUGCUGGGGCAGGAGUUAUCCAGACCAUCUGUCUCCCUCUUCUGAGUGUUUAUGAAGUGUCUUCAAAUGGAACAUCACAGGGUUUCUCCCGUAAGUCCCAGGACUCCCCCUGCUGGCCAGGGGUGUAUCGCCUGUGCAUGUCCCUAAUGGAGAGUCUACUGAAGACUCUACGCUACAAUUUUGUCAAUGAAGCCUUAGACUUUGUUGGAGUGCAUCAGGAACGCAUACUGCAGUGUCUGAAUGCAGUGCGAACGGUCCAGAGCCUGGCGUGUCUGGACGAGGCAGACCACACUGUGGGCUUCCUGCUGCAGCUCUCUAGCUUCUGUAAGGAGUGGCAGUUUCAUCUGCCCAAGCUGCUCCGAGACGUACAGGUUAACCUGUGCUACCUCUGCCAGACGUGUACAUAUCUGCUCCAUAGCAAGAAGAUGCUCCAUCACUACCUCCAGGUUAAAAAUGGUGAGGCGUUGCCCCCUGGCCCCCUACCCAGAAGCCAUCGGCCCCCACAGACACCCUCCAAAGAGGCAGCAGGUGGAGGGGAGAGGGAGGAGGCUGAGCAGAAGGCCCUGCUCGCUGUGCAGUGCAGCCUUCUGAAGAUCCUCAGCAAAACCCUGGCCACUCUGCAGCACUUCACCCCAGACUGCUGCCAGAUCCUCUUGGACCAGUGUAUGGACUUGGCAGAGUAUCGGACCCUGUUUGUCCUCAGCUUCACCACGCCAGCUUUUGACCCUGAUGUGGCUCCUUCCUUCGGAACCCUGUUGGCCACCAUCAACGUGGCCCUCAGCAUGUUGGGCGAGAUGGAGAAGAAGAAAGAGCCGGCAUCAUUCAGUAUAGCCUCUCUGGCCUCAUCGGAUGAGAUCCAAGCACUUAAGUCUUUGCUGAUGUUCACCAUGGAGAACUGUUUCUACGUGCUGAUCUCCCAGGCAGUUCGGAGUCUGAAGGACCCCUCCAUCCUCCCCCGAGACAAGCAGAGGCUCAAACAGGAGCUCAGCUCUGAACUGAGCACUCUUCUGUCCAGCCUGUCCCGUCACUUCCGCAGGGGAUCUCCAUCCUCACCAGCCAUCCUCCCCUCCUCUCAGACUAAACCCCCCACGCCAGGCUCAAAGGGAAGCCAUGAAGGCCAGGAGCCCUUCAUCCAGCUUGUCCAGGCCUUUGCCAGACUUGUCCAGAGAUAGAUAUGGAUUUACUGCACAAGACACAGAUCUCCAGUUUUAACACAGGCAGAAUUUCAUGGAAUCCACCCUUCACUUUUGACCGAUCCGACAUUUUUUGUGUAAUUAAAAAAAAAAAAAAAUCCAGUUUUUGCACCUCCAGUGGUGCAAACAGACCAAACCUUUUUUACUGGCAUCUUGCCUCAUUUCUAAAUGCACAGUAAACACAGCCGAGUACAAGUCGAAUGUUAAGGGAAACUUUGUUUCACGAUUUUACAGAGGAAUGCUCAGUUGUGUUUAAAACCUCAUUUUGCCAAAACAUAUUAGUACCAAUUUGAUUCUGCCUGACCACAACCAGUUAUUGGCACUCAGACACUGUAUGAUGGUCCAACUUUAGAAAGAAGUUGAGUUUGUCUGGAAAAAAUAAAUAAAUAAACAAACGUGUCUGUUAAUAAAGAAUCUUGGUGCUAUUUGACAUCAGCCAGUAACUGUGGUCCAUCUCUCCAAGGCCUAGUUUUAUAGGCCACUGACAACACAUGCUGACCAGAGACAUUUAUUAAGUGCUACCUAAGAGUUAAAAGUUUGUUUAAAGAAGAAAUAAAUCUCAUUUUAAAGCAUUUUCAAAUAUAAUCUUUCCUCAUGUAUUGUAAUGACUUAGAGUAGCAUAAACUUUCUCUGCAAAGCUACACAAGUUAUCUAUGCUUGCCAUUUUUCUACUUCAUUUUCAUUCAAGAGAAUGGUUAUUGUACUUUUACUAAAUAAACUACUUUUUGGUGUGGAAUUUGCUACUUUUUCUUAUUUGUGCUUCUGUAUGUACACAACUUAAGCAGCUGCCAAGAUUUGUACCUAAUGAAAUGUAUGUGCUAAUAAAGGGACCUUUGUUCUGAUUUAA